UCACGUGUUCUGUUUUAUAUCGUUUCGCAGUUAUCUGCAUUAAUACACGCAUUAAAGGGAUACAUUUUUCAUCGGCAUUUUGUAUAGUAAAAAUUGUUUUCGUUUAAAAAGAUAUUAAUUUUAUUUACAUAUAAUAAUGGGAUACGAUGAUCGUGAACGUGACCGGGAAAGACGUCGCCAUCGUUCCCGCUCCCGUGAUCGCCAUCGCGACCGCUCCAGGGACCGACGCCAUCAUCGCAACUCGCGGCGUAAGCCGUCGCUCUACUGGGAUGUGCCGCCGCCGGGAUUCGAGCACAUCACCCCAAUGCAGUACAAAGCCAUGCAGGCGUCCGGGCAAAUCCCGGCCAGCGUUGUGCCGGACACUCCCCAGACGGCGGUGCCCGUGGUCGGAUCGACAAUCACCCGCCAGGCGCGUCGCCUAUACGUCGGCAACAUUCCGUUUGGCGUCACCGAGGAGGAGAUGAUGGAGUUCUUCAACCAACAGAUGCAUUUAGUUGGCUUGGCACAGGCGGCCGGAAGCCCGGUCCUGGCUUGCCAGAUAAACCUGGACAAAAACUUCGCUUUCCUUGAGUUCAGGUCAAUAGAUGAAACCACCCAGGCCAUGGCAUUCGACGGCAUAAAUUUAAAGGGACAGAGUUUGAAGAUCAGGCGUCCGCAUGAUUACCAGCCUAUGCCGGGUAUUACGGAUACACCAGCAAUUAAGCCAGCUGUUGUUUCAAGCGGAGUUAUUUCGACGGUGGUUCCGGACUCCCCUCAUAAAAUCUUCAUUGGAGGUCUGCCAAAUUAUUUAAAUGACGAUCAGGUUAAGGAACUGCUUUUGUCGUUCGGCAAGCUACGAGCAUUUAACCUUGUUAAAGACGCUGCUACUGGAUUGAGCAAAGGGUACGCAUUCUGCGAAUAUGUGGAUCUAAGCAUCACCGAUCAGUCAAUUGCUGGUUUGAAUGGAAUGCAGCUGGGUGACAAGAAACUGAUUGUUCAACGUGCUAGUGUGGGUGCAAAGAACGCGCAGAACGCUGCCAACACCACUCAAUCCGUUAUGCUGCAAGUACCGGGUCUUUCAAAUGUGGUCACAUCCGGGCCACCGACAGAGGUACUCUGCUUGCUCAACAUGGUCACCCCUGAUGAACUGCGGGACGAGGAGGAGUAUGAGGAUAUAUUGGAAGAUAUCAAGGAAGAGUGCACGAAGUACGGAGUCGUGCGAAGCGUGGAGAUACCGCGUCCCAUUGAGGGCGUGGAAGUCCCGGGAUGCGGCAAAGUCUUUGUCGAAUUUAACUCGGUUCUCGACUGUCAGAAGGCUCAGCAGGCACUUACUGGAAGAAAAUUCAGCGAUCGCGUUGUCGUUACAUCAUAUUUCGACCCUGACAAAUACCAUAGACGCGAAUUUUAAUUACAAGUAAAUCAUAUUUCUCACAUGUCCAAUAAAUAUCACACAAUAAAAGUAACAAUUUAUGAUCUGACUACGAAAA